CGGCGCGAGCCGGCCGGGGGGAGGGUGUGUGCGCGCCGCGGGAGGUGGGGGCAGGAUUAGAGCGAGGCAGCGGCCCCGCCCUCCCGCUUCACACUGGGACCGGCUCCGAGGGGGAGAUGGCCCGGGAGAGGCGGCACUGGCACCAUGGCAUUCCCCAGCCUGCUCGUGGCGCUGAUUCUAGGGACGAGCCCCGCAGCGGGCAGCUCUGACACGGCCUCGCUGAACCCUCCCUUUGCCCCCGCGCACGGACAGCGCCGCCCGCCUGGCCAGCAUCCCCACCCUCCGCCCCGCUCGCCCCCCGGCUGCCCUGGAGGCCAAGGGCCAGGGGGGCGCUUUGUCAACGUGACCGAGUUCGGGGCCGAGUGCCUGCCCUGGGCGGAGGUGCCCGCUUUCCUGGAGAAGACCCCCCAGGGCAGGGGGCUGCUGGGCCAGCACAACUUCUGCAGGAACCCCGACGGCAGGAGCAGACCCUGGUGCUUCUACAGGAGCAGCCGGGGCAGGGUGGACUGGGGCUACUGCGACUGCAAACAAGGGUCAGUGCGACUUCGAGGUGGCAAAAAUGAGUUUGAAGGUACAGUUGAAGUUUAUUUAAAUGGAAUUUGGGGAACAAUCUGCAGUAGUCACUGGGACAAUAAUGAUGCCUCAGUCAUAUGUCGGCAGCUUGAGCUUGGCAAAAGUGGUACAGCAAAGCAUGCACCAUUUUCUGGACUGGGUCUUAUCCCUGUUUAUUGGAGUGAUGUACAUUGCCAUGGUGAUGAAGAAAAUAUACUGCUGUGUGAAAAAAACAUCUGGAAAGGUGGAACAUGUCCUCAAAAAAUGGCAGCGGCUGUCACAUGUAGCCUUUCCCAUGGUAAAACCUUUAUUCCAAUCCGCCUGGCUGGUGGGAGCAAUGCUCAUGAAGGAAGAGUGGAAGUCUACCACACUGGCCAAUGGGGGACUGUCUGUGAUGACCAGUGGGAUGAUGCAGAUGCUGAAGUUGUGUGUAGGCAGCUUGGCCUUGGGGGAGUAGCCAAGGCAUGGAGCCAGGCUCGCUUUGGAGAAGGCUCAGGCCCAGUGCUGCUGGAUGAAGUACGCUGUACAGGAAACGAACUGUCUAUAGAACAGUGUCUGAAGAGUUCCUGGAGAGAACACAACUGUGGCCAUAAAGAAGAUGCUGGAGUUUCCUGCACACCUCUUACAGAUGGUGCAAUAAGACUAACAGGUGGGAAAGGCAGUCAUGAAGGACGCCUGGAGGUACAUUACAGCGGGCAGUGGGGCACAGUCUGUGAUGAUGGGUGGACUGAGCUGAAUACACAGGUGGUUUGUCGGCACCUGGGAUUUAAGUAUGGGAAAAGUGCAUCAGAAAGAUACUUAGAAGAGAGCUCAAGGCCUAUCUGGUUGGAUGAUGUCAGCUGCUCAGGAAAAGAAUCAACCAUCCUUCAGUGCUCAAAGAGAGAGUGGGGAAAGCAUGACUGCAGCCAUCAGGAGGAUGUCAGACUAACCUGUCACCCAGAUGAUGAUAGCCAUAGACUCUCUCUGGGUCCUCCCAUCAGGCUGAUGGAUGGUGAGAAUAAGAAAGAAGGACGCGUAGAGAUUUUUAUCAAUGGCCAGUGGGGGACAAUUUGUGAUGAUGGAUGGUCUGAUAAGGAUGCAUCUGUGGUCUGUCGACAGCUUGGCUACAAAGGCCCAGCUAGAGCAAGGACUAUGGCAUAUUUUGGGGAGGGCAAAGGACCAAUCCAUGUGGAUAAUGUGAAAUGUACAGGAAAUGAGAGAUGCUUGGCAGACUGCAUAAAACAGGAUAUUGGAACACACAACUGCCGUCACAGCGAAGAUGCUGGCGUUAUCUGUGACUACUUUGGCAAGAAGGUCUCUGGGAACAGUAAUAAAGAUUCCCUUGCUUCCGUUUGUGGAUUGAGGUUGCUGCAUCGUAGACAGAAGCGGAUAAUUGGUGGUAAAAAUUCUUUAAGGGGCGGCUGGCCCUGGCAGGUUGCCCUCCGACUAAAAUCAUCUCAUGGUGAUGGAAGACUCUUAUGUGGUGCCACUCUCAUCAGCAGCUGCUGGGUACUCACUGCAGCACACUGUUUCAAGAGGUAUGGUAACAACACUCGUAACUAUGCCGUGCGAGUUGGGGAUUAUCACACACUGGUUCCUGAGGAGUAUGAGGAGGAAAUUGGAGUCCAACAAAUUGUGAUGCACAAAGAGUACAGGCCUGACAGUAAUGACUAUGAUAUUGCACUAGUGAGGUUGCAGGGACCGGAAGAACAGUGUGCCAGAUUCAGCACCCAUGUUUUACCAGCCUGUUUGCCACUGAGGCGAGAGAGGCCACAGAAAACUGCUCCCAACUGUUACAUCACUGGAUGGGGUGACACAGGAAGGGCCUAUUCAAGAACAUUACAACAAGCUGCCAUCCCCCUACUUCCUAAGAAACUGUGUGAAGAGCGUUAUAGGAGAAGAUUCACAGGGAGAAUGCUCUGUGCUGGGAACCUCCAGGAACAGAAACAUGUGGACAGUUGUCAGGGAGACAGUGGUGGACCACUUAUGUGUGAACGUCCAGGCGAAAACUGGGUUGUGUAUGGGGUGACUUCCUGGGGUUAUGGUUGUGGCAUCAAAGACUCGCCAGGAGUCUACACCAAAGUCUCAUCCUUUGUACCGUGGAUAAAAAGUGUGACCAAACUGUGAUCAUCCCGACUCAGAAACAGUAAGCAUUAAUAAAAGGAAGUCUGUUUGAGUCAGAUAUGGCAGCUUGAACACCACAGCCUAUGCACAGCUGGGACCCACACUGGGUAGAAAAUGCACAUGUUCUUCUGUUUUACAUUUUUUUUAAAAUUUUUGUUGAGUCAAAGAUUUAUAUUCACACUACUUUUGUAGUUAUAGAUUAAUGUGUAAUUUCUUUCAUGUUGAGCAAAAGUGUUCCACUUAACUCCUUUAAUCUUAAAAAAGGCAUAGUCCUAUUCUCUCAAGUACAUUUCAGGUAUAAGCAAAGCACAUUUGUCUCUGGAACAUUCUUGGUAACAAUUCUGCACACUUCAGUAGAGCAGACUGACUGUUACACAUGCUAAUAAAAACCUAAUACUGCGAAACAUAUGUCCUCACAAGCUAGCAUUCCCGCCUUCCCCACCUUGCACAAUGUCCAAGUACAGUAAAACUCCAAUUGUCCAGCAUCCAGUGGUCUGGCACUCCCGAUAGUCCGGCACCAACUGGAACCCGGAAGUGCUCCCGCCAGCCGGACAAUUGGAGCUGCUCCGUGC